CCUACAACGAUCACCAUUUCCAAAUACCUGUCAAGCUGACUCCCUCAACUGAGUUCGACAGUCCCGGAAAUCGCUUCCUAGGUCUUUAAUUUAGAUCGCUGAAGGGGAAAUCCUGCGCCUUGAAGUCCCUCGUCACCUCUCUACUACACCUCCCGAAAAGUCUGACUUUCCAACUCUUUCUCCCGUUCACUCGCAUACCGAUUCAUACGCCAUGACUGUCCAUGGUCUUCGUAUACGGCUCGCUCGCCAUGGUAUUCGUAAUCAAGCACUCUAUCAUCUAGUCGUCAUGGAUCGCUCAAAGGCACGUAAUGCGUUACCGCUCGAGAAGUUAGGCGAGUGGGAUCCGAUACCGCAAGUGACCUCGUUUCGCGACCUUCAUCCGUCCUCGUUCGUCUUUGGGAAGCAGACUGUGCCGCCAGUGAAGGAGAGAAGGGUGAUUUGGAAUGAAGAGAGAAUAAAGUACUGGUUGGCUCAAGGUGCAGAACCUUCAGACUCGGUGACGAAAUUGUUAGAACUUGGCGGCAUUCUAAAGGCGGGUGACAGACAUGCCUCGCACUUCAAGUAUCAGACUCUGAGCAAAAACUUGGUAAAGACCGCUUCGAAUGAACCGGUGAAAGAGGUCAUGGACAGUACGAAACAGAACUCAAAAGCAUCCAAGCCGAAAGGGGUCAACAGGCGACCGACACCGACACCGCCGUCGCCGUCAUCGUCAUCACCUGCAUCACAUUCAUCACAGGCUAGAGCUUAGAGGUGACACAAAGACUAAGCAUGUAUAAUUGUAUAUUAUGGCAAAGCUCCUUUAUGGCAUUGAAGAGUCCUUUAUGAAGGGCUGCAGAGCGAUGCUAUGCUGAGGGGCUAUGUACACGCUUGGCAUCGCAGUCGGUCUCUAGCCGCUCUGCCCAAAGUCGGUCUUCCAGGUCAUCGUGCAGCGGAAAGACGCUGUGUACAGGGCUGUCUCAUAAAACGCGAGCCGGUAAUCCCAGC